AUGGACAAGAACCUGAAUGAGCUCCUGAAAUGGAGCAUCGAGGCACAGACCGCCGGGAAUGCCAACUCGAACGGGAACCCCUCCACCACCGCCAUCACCUCCGCAGACGCACCAGCCGCCGAGGGCAACACAACAACAGCAGCAGCAGCAACCAGCCAGGCCCCCUCCACAAAUGGCCUGAACCCAGAAAUCCUCGCCGCCCUGCUGGGCGGGCCCUCAGACGCAGACCUGAUGCGGCAGUCCAUGGCGGUAAUCACGGCGACGGGCGACCCGGAGGUGACGCUCGAGCACCGGCUGACGGCCUUCGACAACCUGGAGCAGCUGAUCGAGUCGCUCGACAACGCCAACAACCUGGGGCCCCUGGGCCUGUGGGCGCCGCUGCUGGCCUCCCUGUCCGACGCCGAGCCCGACGUGCGCAGGUACGCCGCCUGGGUGGCCGGCACGGCCGUGCAGAACAACGAGACGAGCCAGGAGCGCCUCCUGGCCAUGGGCGGGCUGCCGCGCCUCGUGGGCCUGGCGCUCGCGCCCGCGGAGAGGGAGGACGUCCGCCGCAAGGCCGUCUACGCGCUCAGCUCCGCCACGCGCAACUACCAGCCCGCCAUGGACGUCGUCGCUGCCGAGCUGGAGAAGGGCGGACACAGGCCCGCCGGCUCGGGCAAGGUCGAUGCCACGAACAUGGACGCUGUUGACGAGGUCAUGGAGGGGCUCAAGGAGCAGGUGAAGAAGGAUGCUGCGAAGGCUUCCGCCUAG